CAGGUGACUUGGGAAAUUGUCGGCUACGUCACACAUAUAUACCUGCAGCAAAAAAGCAAAAAUGUGAAUGAGAAGAAGUUAUGUGAGUCAGUGGUCACGUGACUUUACUUACCUGUCAUCACACACCUUAGUUCCCCACAGGUAGUCACAAGGAAAACACCUGACCAGAAAACAUGCCGGGCACCGUAUUCGGAAAUGAAGACUUUGAUGCUGAUGCAGCAGCACAAACACUUCGGGAGGCGAUGUGUGGCUUUGGUACCGAUGAGGAACCUAUCAUAAAGGUACUGGACAGUCAUAACAACGCACAGCGUCAGGAAAUAGCAUUAGCUUUCAAACAGUCCUACGGCAAGGAUCUUAUUGAUGAACUCAAGUCGGAACUGAGGAGUGACUUCGAGAAUACCGUAAUCGCUUUGAUGACUCCGCCGCGUCUCUAUGACGCGCGAGAACUCAACAGGGCUAUCAGCGGAGCCGGAACUGACGAGACAGCCCUGAUAGAAAUCAUGUGUACCCGUACUAACGAGGAAUUGGAGGAAAUCAAAGCUCUGUACCAACAAGAGUUCGAAGCGUCACUGGAAGAACAUUUGGAUUGCGACACAUCCGGGUACUUCGGUCGUUUGAUGAUUUCACUGGUAACUGGAGGGAGAGAUGAAGAUGAAGAUGUGAACGAAUACGAGGCUAAGGCCGAUGCUUCUGAACUGUAUGAAGCUGGAGCCAAUGCCUGGGGCACAGAGGAAUCCAAGUUCAAUCAAAUCCUGUGUAGACGACACUUUAAUCACCUGAAGAGAGUAUUUGAAAUUUAUGCAGAGAACAACGAUCAGAACGUGAGAGAUGCAAUAAGCAGCGAAUUCAGUGGAAACAUAAAAAGUGGCUAUCUUGCUUUAGUUGACAUAGCGGAAAACAAACCUCUGUUCUUUGCCAAGAGACUGGAUUACGCCAUGCGAGGACUUGGUACCAGUGACGACGAUCUUAUCCGCUUGAUUGUGUCAAGGAGCGAGGUCGACAUGCAGGAGAUCUGUACGGAGUACUACUUCAUGCAGCCCGAAGAUGAUCGCCGGAUAUUACGAGAGGCAGUGGAGAGUGAAUGUGGCGGUGAUUACAAGAACAUGCUACUGACAAUUCUUAACCCUAUCGAUUGAGGAUAGUUCCGUAUUGUAAUCCCUGUAAGUCUGUCUAGUGUAGACCACAGAGGGACACGGUUCAAUAAACAGACAUUCUCAAGAUUAGUAAGAGCUUACGGUCUGUCUAACACGUUUCUCAGCCAGAAUUGUAGUUAGAAAUAACAGUGCCUAGAGUACAAUAUCAUAUGUAGCAUUAUGACAGGGUCUGCUUGGUUGGAAACUACUCAUCUCCUGCGAGUGCUACAUCUAACUAAAAACUUUCUCCUGGGAGAUAUACUGUAUCAGUCUUUUGACGCAUUUUCCUGGAAAUGUACUCAUAAAAACCUACAGCAUCUAGCAAUUUAUACUAAAAUGUGUUAUAUUGUAAUAAACUAAUGUCUCCUUC